UAGCAGAAUGAGAGAGAACCUGUAACAGUGCGUGACGAGGACAGUCACCACUGUGUCUGGAAAUAUCUCCGCUUCCACUCAACUUGGAUUUUUUUCAUCUUUGAGUAUGUUGUUAUCUGGUGCAUGAUGUCGUUUAGUCUGCUUUAACCAAAUUUUUUUUGAAUUGUCAGUUAGCCGUUAACCGUUAGCGCUUGUCAUCGAACUAUUUAGGCUGGCUAAUGAGGAUCCUGCUGUAGCUAAGGUCUGUAGACAACAUGUGACGGUAUUUAUUAAGCGGAAUUGAACGUUUUCACUUGCUUUUAUCUAUAGUCUACUGUACAAGCCAACCGCUGCGGAGUGACUGUUGAGACAUGGGCUCUGAGUCAGUGAAGGUGGUGGUCAGGUGCAGGCCACUCAAUGACAGGGAGAAGGCUCUUUGCUCUAAGAUGGUGCUGUCCAUGGACCUGCACCGCUGUCAGUGCUUCAUAGAGAAGCCUGGGGCAGCAGAUGAGCCACCCAAACAGUUCACAUUUGAUGGGACCUACUUUAUUGAUCAAACUACUGAGCAGAUGUACAAUGAGAUUUCCUAUCCCCUGGUUGAGGGUGUCACAGAGGGAUACAAUGGUACAAUUUUUGCCUAUGGACAAACUGGAAGUGGGAAGUCGUUCACCAUGCAGGGAGUGUCUGAGCCUGCAGCCCAGAAGGGGGUCAUUCCACGAGCCUUUGAACACAUCUUUGAGAGUAUUCAGUGUGCAGAGAAUACAAAAUUCCUGGUGAGGGCCUCCUACUUGGAAAUUUACAAUGAAGAAAUCCGAGACCUUUUGGGAAGUGACACCAAGCAGAGAUUGGAGCUGAAAGAGCAUCCAGAGCAUGGGGUGUAUGUGAGGGACCUCUCCAUGCACACUGUGCACAGUGUGGGGGAGUGUGAGAGGAUCAUGGAGCAAGGCUGGAGAAACCGGGCAGUGGGCUACACACUGAUGAACAAAGACUCCUCCCGCUCACACUCCAUCUUCACUAUCCAUUUAGAAAUCUGCAGCACAGAUGCAUCUGGUCAGGACCAUCUACGAGCAGGUAAACUCAACCUUGUAGACCUGGCAGGAAGCGAACGUCAGUCUAAAACCGGUGCUACCGGUGAGCGACUCCGCGAGGCCACCAAGAUCAACCUCUCCCUCUCGGCCCUGGGGAACGUCAUCUCUGCACUGGUGGACGGACGCUCUAAAUACAUCCCCUACCGGGACUCCAAGCUGACCAGACUGCUGCAGGACUCUCUGGGAGGAAACACACGCACCUUGAUGAUCGCCUGUCUCUCUCCUGCAGACAACAACUAUGAGGAAAGCCUGAGCACGCUGCGCUAUGCCAACCGAGCCAAAAGCAUUCAGAACAGGCCACGUAUCAAUGAGGACCCCAAGGAUGCUCUGCUCCGAGAGUAUCAGGAGGAGAUUAAAAAGUUGCGGGCCCUCAUCUCGGGUCAGCUGGGCUCGACUAAUCUUGCGUCUCUGCUGGCUGGUCAGGAUGAAGCAUCUCCCGCUGUUCCUUCAAGGCCACAGUCUAGCACCACAGAGGCAGAGAAGGAGAAGAUUAAAGAGGAGUACGAACGGAGGCUGGCCAAGUUGCAGGCUGAGUAUAAUGCGGAGCAGGAAUCCAAAGCAAAGCUGCAGGAGGACAUAACUGCCCUCCGCUCUUCCUAUGAAUCCAAGCUUUUUGAUCUGGAGAAGGCUCGUGCCAGCAGGGGGAGCUCUGUCCUAAAGAAUACGAACAGAAAAUCAUCUGCCCUUAACAAAGAACCUUCAUCAGCGAGCUCGAGCUGUACGAUACAGGUCACUGAGGAAGAGCUCUGCCACAGCACUGAACCCAUGUGUCACAGUACACCCGGAGACUCUUCCCUCACUGAGCCUGCUGUGCCUUGUGCAGCAGUCGGGGUCCAAAAGGAUCUAGAUGGAGACGGGCUCGGAGACUCACCUGACAUCACCACUGAAGGACCUCUGGACCAGGAACAUGUACUGGAAAGACUGAAGCAGCUGGAACAGGAGGUGGUGGGAGGGGAGCAGGCCAGGAACAAGGAGCUGCAGCAGAGGCACCGGCAGAGGAAGAACCUUGCUGACCAGAGAAAAGUCCAGCUUAUCUGUGCUCUGUCAGAGAACAGUGAGGAGAGUGAAAAUGUGCUGUUGAAUGUCUACAACUCUAUACAGGAAGAGGUUCAUGCCAAAAGCCAAGUGUUGGUCAAGGUCCAAGGCAAGCUGAAAGCAGCCAAACUGGAGAUCCGUGACCUGCAGGCAGAGUUUGAGGUGGAGAGGAAUGACUACCUGGCAGCUAUCCGGCGGCUGGAGAGGGAGGGCCAGUUACUGCACAGCCUGUUGGAACGCAUGGUGCCCCUGGUGCGGCGUGACUGCAACUACAGCAACCUGGACCGCUUGAAGAAAGAAGCUGUCUGGGAUGAGGACAGCGCCACCUGGAGGCUGCCAGAUGUGAUGGUGCAGAAAACAACACUACCUUCAGCAGUGGCUCCAAAACUUCCAGCCCGCAGAGGUUCGGCUGCUGAUGUUGGCGAUCCAUUCAUGCAAGUGGAGGAGGACAGGUACAAGGAAAUGCUGGACCGCAGUGACAGCGAGAACAUCGCCAGCAGCUACUUCAAGUCAAAAAGAGCAAGCCAGCUACUGGGACGUGAAGCUGCCAAGGGACACGCCAUCCACUCUCCUCCCCUGGUUAACGGGGCGGCCCACCUCACUGUGAGUGGCUCCACCACAAACCCGCCUGUUGGCUCACGGCCCUUCCGCCUGGAGUCAUUAGAUGUCCCGGUGUCCAAUGGUAAGGUGAAGCGCAAAAAAAGCAAAUCUCACAUCCAUAAUGAGGGGAUUUAAAAAGACUGAACCUACAUGAACUCACCUCAUCAUCACCUGUCUUUGUAAACUGUGACUGAUCACAUAAAGUAUAUAAUUAAUAAUUAAAACUAUACAUUUGAUAACCACUGCUAUUUGCACUUUUUGUUGAAAUUACAAGUCCAUUUGUACCAUGUGUUAUAAAUCUCAUGUUGAAUGCUUGUUUUGAACGAAAUACUACCUACAUUUUGUAUGAUAUCUCCCUUGAAUUCUUGCCCUGUAUCAAAACUUCAGUGAGAUUCAAAGUUCAGCUUCUAUAAUAUUUAACUUCUUGUGUAUUUCACUAUUGUUUAUUGUAAACCAGAAUUUUAACCCAUUCCUUUGAUAACAUUUAGCUGCAGCUGCUACUGAAUAGAUCAAAUAAAAUAAUUUAUU